AUGCUGUCAUUGCGCUUCCUUAGCGUUCACAUGAACAGCAUCAAGGUGCUCGAGAGCGGCUGUCUGCGCACGCUGCGGCACUUGGUGGAACUUGACUUGAGCGCGAAUGAGCUACGAGAGAUACCGCUAGGGUGCUGGGACGGGCUUGGACGUCUCGAGCGCCUGAACCUUUCCAGCAACCGGCUGACUCGCCUUGGUCCGACUGCCUUUGGCUCUCUCGCCUCGCUGCAAUGGCUUUCCCUCGGCUUCAACAGCAUCAGCGAUGUAGUAGGGCUGCGCUCCGUACCUGCGCACGCGCCGCUCACCUAUGUGGACCUGUGCGCCAACCGUAUCGCGACGCUGGACGAGGUCAUCGACGCCCUCACGCCUCAUAGAGCGCAUCUGCAGGAGCUGCGGCUGGAGUCGCCAUCGUCCAUGACGACGGCAGCAGUAGACGGCGGCGCUUUUUCUCCGUCCGCCACAACGAACGCGUCCCUCAACGACAGCCAGGGCGGCGUACCGGACUAUUGGCCUAUCAAGGAGAACCCAUGUUGCCUUUCCCCAGGCUCUGUCAUGCAGGGGGCGAGCGGAGGCAGAGUAGAGGGCAGCAGCUGUGCUGCUAGUGGGCAAGGCAACAGCCGAGUCAGCGGCGCCGCUUGCAGCUCUCCGGUCACUACAGGCUAUGUGGAGCGGCUCCUAUCGUACUUCCCGCGUCUGCUCGUUGUGAAUGGUGUCUCCUACGGCGUGGACCCCUUGCAGGCCCUUCGCCAGCAGCGCCAGUCUCAGGAGCAGGAGGGCCUGCAAGGGGAGGAGGCAAACGCAGUCGGCGUUACGGUUGCCGUGGCAGAUGCGUCACCUCACGCAUUGCGGUGCAAUGCAGACAAGAGCCCACAGGCAGGGGCGGAGAGACUCGAUGAAGACACACCCGUUAGCGAUGCGUUUGCACGACUGCUGAGAAAACCACUUCCACACCUGCGAAGGUCGUCCUCGUCCUCGUCUCGAUCGCAAUCAUCAGCCUCGUUUGAGGAACCAAAGAAGCAGUACCGCAAUCGCAGCCACCGUCGCACCAGUAGCAGGCAUCGAACGCGCAGCUUAUCGCAUCGACGUAGCCGCGUUACCUCAUCCUCCUCUUCCUCGCCACAGGAGUCGCCUCGCCACGGCCAUCGUGCAGCUGUUGCACCCACCUCGGCGCCCCAAGCGAAGCAGGAUCCGCAAGCACCACCGUAUUCAACAGGGGUGCCAGCACCCCAAAAGGCCUCAGAGAUGGAUGAAGAAAGCGUCGUUGCUGCUGGCACCCCGGGCAAGAAAAGGGCGCCACUGCGACAUGGACAGUGGGCCGCCGCCGCGAAGCCGCGCCGCGCGUCUCUGCGCCGUCGCUUGUCGUCAAACGCCUUAUCUUACGCGACCUCGCCGCUCUCCGUCACUGCUUCCUUUCCGUCUGCAGUGUCGCCAUCGACACCGCAAGAGCACGCUCCUGAGCGCAAGCCGCAGACAUCAGUGUCGCCAUCUACCACAGCAACCCCGCAUAUGCGCAAGCUCCGCUUCGAGCCCACGUCAGUGACGCCCACCACGGAAGCUUCUCGCACGCCUUCUGCAACCCCAUUAACGGAGCAGCUGAUGCCAUCUGGAGGCAAAAGUGCCGAUCUGGCUGCUCUUCUGGGAUACCCUUCCCCCGCCGGGGUUACCGAUACCAGCGACGUCUCACCGCCUGCCGCAACAACGCAUGGUCAAUGUGAACAUCGCGACGGCGACGGCGAGAGUGGCUCAAAGGGCCUCAGCGUUGCCACCACCACAGACGGUGGAGCCGUCACACCUGUCACCGCCAAGGAUUGGGCAACUCACGACCUUCUGUCUCCUCUUGUGGGAACCGCCUCAGCCGUGGCGCUUCGGUGGAAGCCGAAGCAGGUGUCCCGUGGGACCUGCACGGAGCAGGGCACAGAGACACUAGCGACAGUGUCGUGCGAUGCCAAGCUAGCGGCAAAGGUGGAGCAGUUGCAGGCACAACUGGCGCUGCGUAACACGACUAUCAGCGAUCUGCGUCGACACCUCGACCUCACCCGGACCCAGUACGUUGAAGGGCAGCGCGAGGCGCAGCAGCGGCAGCAGCAACUCCGCAGUCAGGUAUCGGCGCUAAAGGACGAGCUGGCGCGGCGGAGCGAGGAGGCGACAAUUCUUCAGCGCAAGCAGCAGGCUCAACUGAAUCGGGCCGUCGAUUUUGUCAAAGCAGAGUGGGGGCGACGGCUGGAGGCGGCAGAGCAGCACAGUGUCGAAGCGUUGGCGGAGGCAGCGGGAGCGUGGGAGGAACGCCUGGCACGUGCCGCGGAAGAGAACCUACACGUCCAGCAGACGGUCACUGUGAAGUCCGCACAGCUUGCUACGCUCGAGCGGCAGACACACGCUAUGGAGGCGGAGAUGCAGGCGAUGCGGGGCAGUGCUGUUAUGCAGCGGCGCCACGGGGCUGCGCGAACCGAACUGCUGCUCGCCGAGGCGGAGAAACGGCGCUCGCUGGAAGCCGCGGCGGCGACCACAGCUGUGCAGCUCUGCCAUUCGUUCUGCAACGCAGCCGUGCGCCUCCACGUCGAGGCGCUGCGCGAAGCGGACCGAGGUCGGCAGUGGGCAGAGGAGGCACUGCGAGAGCAGCAGGCCAUGUGGAGAACGCAGGUGAGCGCGUACGAGGACGCUAUGCGUCAUGCUGCGUCCGAGGUGCACAGUGCUGUCAUGGGGAAGCACGGCGCAGCUCACUUGCCACCGCUUCCGCCGACAUGCAAGUCGCCUGCCCGCCCCGAGGCGCCACCGCUGUCGCUGGCUCCUGUCCCGUCUCCGACACUCACAGGCGUGGCAGCCCCGCAACUGGAGCUACUCGAGCUCAGCGGCGAUAGCAGCGACAACAAGGCCACCUGUGCACAAGAAGAUGCCGACGAGAAGGACGACAAGAGGGCGCGGACACAGCUGAGGGUGGAGAGGGCAGCUGCAGAUGACAGUGCCCUGGUGUCGACCCCCACCACAGACUCUCUACGUGAGAUCCAGGGUGAGGACAGUAGCCGCGCAGCAGCAGCAGCGGCAUGCGGAGCUGCUUCCGAUGCGCUGAGGCAGGUGACUGGUGUGGAUGCCAACGAUACCCUAACGAGGUACUGGAGGAACGCGUGCGCGCGUGUUGAGGCGCAGCUCCAUCGCGUGGCGGCUGCCUUGCAUGUUGCAACUUGCACCCAGCAGUCCAUGGCGGCGGAGAACACGCGUCUGCUCAGCCACGUCGAGGCGCUGGAGGGGGAGAAGGAGGCGCUAGCAGCCCUCCGCUCUACUUCUGGGGUAGCAGUUCAGGAGCGGGACAAUUUGCUGCGCACGCUGCACACAUUGCGAGCCGACAUGGAGAAGAAGGACGCCGCCUUGGAUGCGCUAGAGGCGGAGGCACACGCGAAGCUGAACGAGAAGCGCCACCGCAUUGUCGAGCUCGAGGACACUGUGGAGGCGCUCACAGUGCAACAGACGCGCGCGACGGAGGAGCAUGCGUCGAUGCGCGGACAGCUAGAGGCGGCGCGGGCGAUGGUGGAGCGUCUGCAGCAAGAACUGGCCGACGCGAGGGAACGGCGUAGGGCGAUGACGCAGCAGCAGGCAGAGCAGGUGCCAGACUUAGAGCGGAAGCAACGUGAGCUUUCCGAGCUGCUCGCCACCCGCAACGCCGAGUCCCACCAGCAUCAACUGGAGAAGAAGAUGCUGGUGCACACCCUUACAAUCGCACGGCAGCAGCUGGUGCGCCUGUACGAGUCUCACCAGCAUCUUUCCAGCGAGCACGCGAGCGCCAAGGAGCAGGUCACUCGGCUACAGACAAAGCUCGACGCAGCGCAGCGGCAGCUGCAUGACGUCCAAGAAGCGACCCUCGCAAAGCAGAAGGCCACCUUGGAAGUCCUUUCCCACUUGAUGACAAACAACGCGCUGUAG